GAAUGUUACGCAAGUAUGCAACAGGUUCUUCGCCGUCUAUCCAUUUGUUCUAGUUGGACUCUGAAUCGCUGUGCCCGCGAGACUUAAAGAUCUCUCCUUCCGCUGUCUGAGCAGUCGAUAUCAAUUUGCCAGCCAUUAGGUAACAUAUGCAUCAUGGCCACAAAUCUGCUGCAAGCCACUCGCACCGUCUGCGCCCGAGCCACUCGCGGCUAUAGUUCAAAGUUUAAUGAUGUUGUUGUUGUGUCUGCUGCCCGCACACCCAUCGGCAGUUUCCAGAGCCAACUGGCGCCAUUAUCAGCAACACAGCUAGGUGCCACAGCCAUUGAGGCGGCUAUCCAACGCGCGGGCAUUGGCAAGGGCGAUGUGAACGAAGUUAUUAUGGGCAAUGUGGUAUCUGCAGGAUUGGGACAGGCACCCGCGCGCCAGGCUGCCAUUUUUGCUGGUCUGCCCACCAACGUUUGCUGCACCACAGUCAACAAAGUGUGCUCAUCGGGCAUGAAAGCGGUCAUGCUGGGCGCCCAGUCGCUGGCUCUAGGCCAGGCUGAUGUCGUCGUGGCAGGUGGCAUGGAGUCCAUGUCGAAUGUGCCGUACUAUUUGAAGCGUGGUGCCACGCCCUAUGGUGGCGUCAAUCUAAUCGACGGCAUAGUCUUCGAUGGACUGUUCGAUGUUUAUAACAAAUUCCACAUGGGCAACUGCGCAGAGAGCGUGGCCAAAAAGAUGCAGAUUUCACGACAGGACCAGGAUGCGUUUGCCAUCGAUUCGUAUAAGCGCUCUGCCAAGGCCUGGGGCGACAAGGUGUUUGCCGAGGAAAUUGCGCCCGUCAAAAUACAGCAGAAGCGUAAACCAGAGGUCACCAUUGCCGAGGAUGAGGAAUACAGGCGCGUCAACUUCGACAAGUUUGGACAACUGGCCACCGUUUUCCAGCGUGAAAACGGCACAGUGACAGCGGGUAAUGCCUCUACCUUGAAUGAUGGUGGCUCCGCAGUCGUGCUCAUGACCGCCGAGGGUGCACAGCGUGCAGGUCUCAAGCCGCUGGCGCGCAUUGUUGCCUACCAGGAUGCGGAGACCGAUCCCAUUGAUUUCCCCAUUGCCCCCGCCCUGGCUGUGCCCAAGCUGUUAGCUCGCGCCGGCGUCAAUAAGCAGGACGUGGCCAUGUGGGAGAUCAAUGAGGCCUUCUCCCUGGUCGUGUUGGCCAACAUACGCAGCCUCGAUCUGGAUCCAGCCAAAGUGAAUAUACAUGGAGGCGCUGUCUCCAUCGGCCAUCCCAUUGGCAUGUCUGGGGCUCGUUUGGUCACACAUCUAUCUCAUGCACUGAAAAAGGGCGAAUUGGGCUGCGCUUCCAUUUGUAAUGGCGGCGGUGGCGCCUCCUCCAUCCUCCUGGAAAAGCUGUGAGCACUCGUGAUUCCCUAUCUCGCCUCACAGUCCACACCCCCGCGACCCUCACCCAGAACCAGAAUUGCAUUUAUCAGUGAUCUACAACAACUAAUGAAAUUAAUUCGCUACGUGUCGGUGUUUAUUUUUUCUCUUUUACCUAUGUACAUAUGUACGUACAUACAUAUGUAUAAAAUAAAUAUAUAUAUACACAUAUAAAUAAUUAUAUAAA